CAUUUUUUAAAUCAACAAUUACAGCAAUGUAAAGUUGAAGACCCUGCACUAGAUUUUGAACACACUCAUCCAUAUUUCUCAUCACUUUACAGCUGGAGCACUUGUGUGUCAGACUUGCACAGAUGACGAUUGUACAAGCACAGUGCCACUAACAUGUGACACAGAGACAAUGUGUAUAACUGCUGCCAUUAAAGCGGUUUCAUCUGGAACUCCUGGAACACAAAUCUUCAAAGCAUGUGCAUCAUCCUCCCUGUGUCCAGUCACAAGCUCCCAGAUAUUUUCUGUUAAUUUGGGUGUUUCAAGUGCACUUGCAUCUGCUACGUGCUGCAACACAGAUAACUGCAACUCAGCCACUCUAUCUUUCCCAACGACUCCUUCACCCAACGGCUUUCAGUGUUACGUAUGUGACCCUAACACCUCUCUAUGCACCACUUCAAUCACAUGUACUGGAACAGAGGAUCGCUGCUUUCAAGCAAGCCUGUCAGAUGGGGCCACCACUUCUCCUGCCUUUGGUUGUGCAUCUACAAACAUGUGUGCAGCAUCUGCUAGCCUGGGGACACUACCAUUUAUGAAGGAUGUUGGCAGUAUAACCAGUGGACCUGCCUGUUGUGGAACAAAUCUAUGUAACACUCUCACAACAACAAAUACUGCUUCAACCACAACUACUACUGCUCCAACCACAACAAUUAGUGCACCAACUACAACUACUGCAUCAACUACAACUGCUCCAACCACAACUACUACUUUACCAACGACUACAACUACUGCCCCAACUACAACAACCACCACUCCAACCACAACUACUAACAACUACUACUGCUCCUACCACAACUAG